AAUCCUUUUGAGGUAGGAUCUUCCGGGAUUGUUUUGAAAAAGGCAAAGAACAAGCCAAGGAAUCGUCCAACAAAAUUUGUCAGAAAGCUGAAACCAUUGGGAGCUGAGAGGGGUCAAAAAGAUAAAAGAAAAGCAGUUGAUGUGGGUACAAGCACUGUAAAAUCGACAAAGCUUAACCCACAAGAGGUGAACCCAAAGGGGGGUUUGCCUAACGCCCAAUGAGCAUAAUCAGCUGGAAUUGUCAAGGACUGGGACGGUCUCAUGAAUUGACAAUUCCUCGUCUCAAGGAGUUGCGUAAAAAACACUUCCCUGAGAUGUUGUUCUUGAUGGAAACGAUGCACAAGAGAAAUGUUUUAGUUGAUCUUCAAGUUUGGUUAGGUUAUGAUCAAGUUUUUACUGUGGACCCGAUUGGAAGAUGUGGAGGGCUUGCAGUUUUUUGGAAGGAUAGUGUAAAGGUGGACUUUAAGUUUUUUGAUAAAAAUUUGUUGGAUGCUCAAGUCCAGUUUGGAGCUGCCAAUUUUUUUGUGUCUUGUGUUUAUGGAGAUCCUGAUAGAAGCAAAAGGUCUGUGGUUUGGGAAAGGAUAUCCAGAAUUGGUAUUGGAAGAAGAGAUAGAUGGUGCGUUUUGGGUGAUUUCAACGAGUUAAUGCACAAUGGUGAAAAACUGGGAGGGCCUAGAAGAUCAGACAAUGAUUCCAAAGACUUCAACGAGAUGAUCAGAGCUUGUGGGCUGACCGAAAUGACUGGUAAUGGUAACAAGUUCACUUGGGCUGGUAGGAGAGGUGACCACUGGGUUCAGUGCAGACUGGACAGAGCUUUUGGGAAUGAUGAUUGGUUUAAGACUUUCCCGGUUUCAAACCAAACUUUUUUGGACAUGAGAGGAUCUGAUCACAGACCCGUCCUUGUCAAGCUGAUGUCUUCUCAAGACUCUUACAGAGGGCAGUUUCGGUUUGAUAAGAGAUUUUUGCACAAGGCUGAGAGAGACUUAGAGUUUGCAGAAAAGCUUUAAGUUCUUGGAAGAAAAAGAACUCUUUGAA